AUGUUAAAUCCCUGUUCCUGUCGUUCUUGCUUUUCGACCUCCGUCACGGCUUGUUCGACCUGGGUUCCCACGCGUGAAGUAUGGGACGGUCUGGUUUAUCGAUUCAGUCGUCGGUCAAACGACGGUCCAGCUGAAUCCCGAUCGGCUUAUAGUCGCCGCUUACGCUACGCCUUGAGCUGGCUCGCAUUGAUGAGCACUCGAGGCACUCUGGCCCCACUGUUUACUGCCUCAGUGGAAUUAUCCAAUUUGAUAACUUGUCAUUUGCUGGCCGAACGUCCUUUUUCCGCCUGGACAUUCUUAUGUGAAAGUAGCACUCGUCUUCGACGUUGGUUGUCCCUCGGUCUGUCUCAUAUGAAAUCGGCCGGAUUCGAGCGAACCAACAGUGAUCCAGGCCAGAUGACGGACUACGGUAGCACGGAGCGAACGAUGGAUUUGACCAGUCCAACCAAUGCGUGUAUUCUCCACUUAGCUCCGGUUCAUCCAGAUCUGGGUGCAGCCUGUGCCCAGUUGCAUCAAAGUUUAUGCCAUCUGUCUGUUCGAUUGCAUGCUUCUCUUUUGGUCAUGGACUCUCAUUUGCGCGGUCUAUACGAUUCGCAUGGGGAAGAGAACAGUUUCAGUGUAUCUCGAGUUUUUCCGCACGAACGUUAUCACGAGACACGUCGUCUGCGGUCUAUCUCACCAAGGCGAUCAACCAGUAGAGAGUUGACCACACACGCUCUGUCCGGGGACACGCUUCAGCGGGCCUAUUCUAUCGUGUUCGGUUUUCAUAAAACUCUGAUGCGCCUAAUGGCCACCGCUCCACUGACCAACACAAUACAGAAUGAUGAAUCGUUGUGCAUGGGGACACCUUCCGAGCAAUCUACACUCCUCACCAUGCCGAUUCAAUCCAGUUUGGCAAAUUUAGGUGUCCAAUUAUUAGCCAGUUGGUCUCGAUUCGUCACAGGACGUUACCAACGCGGUCGUGGUCGAAUUCCUCGUUGGGCGAACGAUGCAUGUCAUUUCGCGUAUCAGCUUUGCCAACCCAGAUCGGUCACCUUUCUGGAAGCGCGUAAAGUUGCGUCAUUGGAAGCCACUUUGAACGAUCUUAUUCCGCAUUUGGUUGGUGAAGAUAAACCGAACGAUCCAAAUAGUCUAUCCCCGGUUCUUUCACGUCUAUCUCCCGUCUCCGUACAUGAAUCAAUCGACAAGCCUUUGUACGAUCGAUGCAAUUCGGCCGUCUCGUCCGCACAGUUGCUUCGCAGUUCCCAUUCAUUCCGACGCAAACAUCGUCGUGUGCAUAUCCUAAACCACUUGGGUAUCGCCCGUGAAACUUCGACCACUUACGAUAUCCUGUGUCAGUUGGACGCGAUCCGUGACGAGCGCCUUCGUCAAGUCGGUCUUAUCGGUCGUCCACGGCCGGUUUACGAGGAACAACUGUAUCCACCCACACCGGAAACGAAUAAGGAGGAGAAUACGGAGACCCAAAACGGUUCGUCGGUAUCGCAAAAACUAACCACACCACGCCUGCAACGUCGCCAAUUCCCGUACACUUGGAAUCGAGGUCGAUUUAUUGGACGCGGUGAGUAA